AUGUCAUCUAAAUCAAGCAUAACAACCUUUGAAGGGCAUAGAAACCUCAGAAUACGUCUUAUCCUAGCCACUUUAGCCGGGAAGCCCAUUAAGAUUGUCAAAAUCAGAUCAGAUGACAUGAACCCAGGGUUGAAGGACUACGAAGUCUCGUUCCUUAGACUUUUAGAAUCUGUAACCAAUGGCUCUCAAAUUGAAAUCUCAUACACUGGUACGACCAUUAUUUAUAGACCUGGUAUCGUCAUAGGGGGAGAACUCACUCAUAACUGCCCACCUUCCAAGCCAGUUGGUUACUUCAUAGAGCCCAUGUUAUACUUGGCACCAUUUUCGAAGAAAAAGUUUUCAAUUGUUUUCAAAGGUCUUACAGCAUUAUCAGGAAAUGAUGCUGGUGUAGAAGCAAUCAAAUGGGGAUUGUUGCCGAUAAUGGAAAAAUUCGGAGUAAGAGAAGUAUCUCUCCACAUAUUGAAAAGAGGAUCUCCUCCAUUAGGUGGGGGUGAAGUUCACCUCUUAUGUAAUUCCUUGAUUGCAAACCCAUUGACUUUACAUGCCACAGAAACUCCCAAAUUCUCUGCCAUAAGAGGUGUGGCAUACUGUACUCGUGUCUCACCUUCAACAGUCAAUAGAAUGAUUGACUCUGCCAGGGAUGUGUUGAGGCCCUCUGGAGUUGAGGUUAAUAUUACAGCAGAUGUUUGGAGAGGUGAAAACUCUGGAAAAUCUCCAGGUUUUGGUGUUACGCUUGUAGCUGAACUGAAAAAGGGCUGGAGAGUGCUUGCAGAGGGCGUUGGCUCUGCGGGUUCGUUGCCUGAAGAAUUGGGAGAGAAGGUUGCCUUACAACUUUUGCAUGAACUCUCCAAUAGUUCUGUUGUAGGUCGUAAUCAAAUCCUUAUGUGUUUGUCUUAUAUGGUGAUUGGAAAAGAAGAUAUUGGAAGAUUGAAGUUGCACAAAUCUCAAAUCGAUGAGAACUUUAUUUGGUGGUUAAGGGAUAUCCGUGCUAUCUUUGGCACUGAAGUAUACCUUAAGGAUUUGGCAGAAGAACCGAUACCUGAAGAUGAAGAGUAUAUGAUGGCUUCCAUCAAGGGUAUUGGUUUCACAAGUGCAUCUAAGAAAAUUGUAUAA